UGGGGUUCGAACUCCCCAGUAGUACUAAUCUCUCUAUCCCUCUCUUUCUCUCUUUCGCUAGGAUUACCUUAUCUGGGUUCAUUUCUUGCUAGCCGCUUUAGUGUCUGUGUUUGUUUAUUUUCGGAGAGAAGACGAGUCUAGCUAGGGGAUCAAGUUAUUUGUUUUUAGAUCGAAUGGCUGCUCCUUUUUCUACUUGGCCAUGGGAGAACUUGGGCAGCUUUAAGUAUCUACUGUACGGACCUCUGCUAGCGAAAGUGAUGUAUUCAAGGAUUUAUGAGCAGGAUACCCAAAAGGAUAGCUGCUGCCUCCAUAUUCUUAUCAUUUGUGUACUUAGAUGUCUCAUUCAUCAAUUCUGGAGCUCUUACAGCAACAUGCUCUUUCUCACCCGAAAUCGCCGAAUUCUCCAACAAGGGAUUGAUUUCAAGCAGAUUGACAGAGAAUGGGACUGGGAUAACUUUAUAAUACUUCAAGCUCUCAUCGCUUUUCUGGUCUGCUACAUCUACCCCUCGCUUGCUAAUCUUCCUCUGUGGGACAUAAGAGGAUUUUUUAUUGUUGUCAUGCUCCACAUGAUGGCCUCAGAGCCUCUGUACUAUUAUAUACAUAAAUAUUUUCACGGGAGCUAUCUGUUCGCCCAUUAUCAUUCACUCCACCAUGCAUCUGUGGUACCAGAGUCCUUCACUGUUGGGAGUGCGACACCUUUGGAACAUUUAAUAUUGGCUGGGAUAAUGAGUAUUCCAGUGCUGGGGUGUUGUUUCGCCGGAUAUGGAUCAACAAGCAUGAUCUACGGCUAUAUCUUGAUGUUUGAUUUCCUGAGAUGCCUAGGACACUGCAAUGUUGAAGUUGUACCCCAUCAAUUAUUUGAGUCCAUUCCCUUCCUUCGAUAUUUAAUUUAUACUCCAACGUACCACAGCCUGCACCACACAGAGAUGGACACUAAUUUCUGCCUGUUCAUGCCCCUCUACGAUGCCCUGGGGAAGACGCUGAACCAAAAAUCGUGGGAGCUACACAAAAGGAUAAGCUCAAAUUCAGGGAGGAGGGGGAGGGUGCCGGAGUUCGUGUUCCUGGCGCACGUGGUGGACAUAACCCAGGCAAUGCACGUGCCCUUCGUCUUCCGAUCAUUCGCCUCCACCCCCUUCAAGACCCGAAUCUUCUUGCUCCCCAUGUGGCCUCCCUCCUUUCUGGUCAUGCUCGUCAUGUGGGCUCUCUCCAAAACCUUCCUCAUCACUUUCUACAACCUCAGGGGUAGUCUCCACCAGACUUGGGCUGUCCCUCGUUACGGCUUUCAGUAUUUUUUACCAUUUGCAAGAAAGGGCAUCAACAAGCAGAUAGAGCAGGCCAUCCUCAGGGCUGACAGACUGGGCGUCAAGGUCCUUAGCCUUGCUGCAUUGAAUAAGAAUGAAGCCUUGAAUGGAGGUGGAACAUUGUUCAUAAGCAAGCACCCAAACCUCAAAGUUAGAGUAGUGCAUGGCAAUACCUUGACCGCCGCAGUUAUUCUCAAUGAGAUCCCUAAGGAUGUUACAGAUGUAUUUUUAACAGGAGCUACUUCUAAACUUGGAAGAGCCAUUGCCCUCUACCUUUGUCGUCGAAGAGUGCGAGUUCUGAUGUUGACUCUUUCAACGGAGAGGUUCCAAAUGAUCCAGAAAGAAGCACCCUUGGAUUGUCGAAGCUACCUAGUCCAUGUCACCAAGUACCAAGCUGCCCAAAACUGCAAGACGUGGAUAGUUGGAAAAUGGAUUACUUCAAGAGAGCAAAAGUGGGCUCCCCCCGGCACCCAUUUUCACCAAUUCGUGGUUCCCGCUAUACUGCCUUUCAGAAGCGACUGCACUUACGGUCUCGCCGCCAUGAAGCUUCCUGAUGAUGUCCAAGGCCUGGGAUCUUGUGAGUAUUCAAUGGAGAGAGGGGUCAUCCAUGCUUGCCAUGCAGGCGGCGUGGUUCAUGUCUUGGAGGGCUGGACUCACCACGAAGUAGGUGCUAUUGAUGUGGAUAAAAUCGACGUCGUAUGGAACGCUGCACUCAAACACGGCUUAAAGCCUGUUUCCAGUACUACAGUCGCCAAACAUAUAUAACACCAUGAUCAACUGGCGACCGCCAGUCAAAAUCUUCUCAGAUAUAUAUAUAUUUAUGUAUAUGUUUAAUCCGACCUACGAGCCCAUUAAUCUUUAUUUUUGUUUUUGUUUUUAGAUACAAGGACUAAAUGAUUCGGAUGCAAUUGACCAAAUUGGAUUUAAUUGCAGCUCAUUUAAACAGUUUGUCGUCCUAUUUGUACCAGUCCAUUCAAUAUAUAAUCUUUAAUGGUGAAGCAAACCCAUUAA